AUGCUCCGCCUGCUCCUCCACCACCUCGGCAAAGCCCGAUUCCGUCUGCUCCUCCUCGCCUUCCCUCUCGUCCUGACCCUCAUCUACUUCUCUUCCCGCGCCGAGUUCUACGAGCUAUACUACGAACGCCCGCGUCUACGGAUCCCGGGUCGUCAACCCGCCCACUCACCCGACUGGUGGGUUGAGUUUUUCACGCGGCUGCAGGCUACUAGAGUUAAAGCACGGCCGGUCAAGUUCAAGGGCGAGGCGCCAUUGUUGAACUGGGCUCCGGAUUUAAAGGAUGAAGAGAGGCCUCAGUUGUUGAGGUUGAGUGAAAAGGAUGAGGCGCUUUUCAGGGAGAGCCAUGAGAACUUUGUGAGGCAACUUCCCCUGUUUGCGAAGCAUCUGCCUUACAAGGAGAACACGACGGGAAUCGUCACGACGGCCGGGGCACCCAAUUUUGGGCAAGCGAUUUCGUUGGUGUUGAUGACGCGCCAAUCGGGGUCGCAGCUGCCGAUUGAGAUUGUGCUGGACUCGUCGACGGCCUGGAUUGACUGGGUGUGUGAGAAUACCAUGCCCAGGUUUGGCGCGACGUGUCUGUACCUGGAGGAUGAGUGGGUCGGCAUUGGGCAGCUGGUGCCCAAGCUGGAGAGGUAUCAGUGGAAGUUUAUUGCGAUAAUUGCGUCGACGUUUCAAAAUAUUAUGUUCUUGGACGCGGACUGCUUGCCGGUGAGGAGUCCGGAUCCGAUUUUUGACGACGGCGCCGAGCCGUUUACUUCGACCGGAUUUAUUGCGUGGCCGGAUUUCUGGGCUCCGUCAGCGAGUCCGUUGUUUUAUAAGAUUGCCGGUGGGUUGGACGUGCCGACGGUUGCGUCACGGACGACGAGUGAAAGCGGAGUGAUGGUGUUUGAUAAGGCGAGGCAUGCGGACACGAUACUGCUGGCGGCGUAUUAUAAUUAUAAUGGGCCGAAUCACUACUAUCCGAUGCUGACGCAGCACGGGCCGGGCGAGGGGGACAAGGAGAGCUUCUUCCAGGCGGCGCUAGUGCUGGAAGGGCUGAGGAAGCUGGGUGUAUAUAAGCAGCCGACGGAGUGGAUGAAGCCGGGUGUGGGCGUCAAGAAGGGGUACUGGGAUGUGAAGAUGUUACCGCGGUCGCAUGGCCGGUCGAUUGGCGACCAGUGGAGGGGCAUGUUUAUGCAGCAGAUGGAUCCGAUAGAGGAUUAUAGAGCGGUGAUGGCUGCUCUGGAGAAAAGGAAGCAGGAAGAUGCUCAGAAGGCGGGUGAUACCGAGGAGAAGAGUAAUAGCGAAGCAAAGGCGGCUUCGCAUAAUAAUAAUUCGGCCGAGGAGGCUGACACAGACGCACAGAGCUCAGAGAAGAGGAAGCGCAGCUGGGAAAUCUGGGCCUUCACCAGCUCCGACCCCGACUCUAACUCCGACGACACCGCAACCCUCAACACGCCCGCUUACCCCCCGGGUCCGCAACAUAAUCCACACAGCAACGAUAAUAAUUCUAAUAUUUCUAAUACCGAUAAAAACGGCACCUUCGCCGACGAAGAAUCCUACCUCACCGACUCGACCUUCCUCUCCUCCCUCCCCCCAGACUUUUCUACUCUCUUACACCACGACGAAUCCAAAUUCAUGUUCUUCCACCACAACGGAGUAAAACCGGAUUUCACGCUAGUCCUCGACUCCCGCGCGGGGAUUCUGGCAAAAAACAAGGAAAAGAAAUAUGUCCGUAUGUGGGGAGACCCCGGGUGGAUUGUACAGCGACUGGGGAGGGAUGUGGAGAAGUUAUUGUGGGAAGCGAGUAUGGAGAUUUAUUGUCAGGGGGGGUUGACGGGGCGGUGGAGGUUGUUGGAGCGGGUGUGUAGGAAGAUGAGGAAGGUUUGGGAGGAGGUUUAUGCGGAUAAAACGGAGAUUCAGGAGGAGGAUACUUAG